ACAUCCGGGUAAUUGUGUUCAGAGAGGCGGCUGUUGGUAUUCUUCGGCGAGGGUGAGGAGACAAAGAAAACAGGUAACUUUAACAUUUUAACUCACCUGUCCUUUUAAACCUGUCCGCUACCGUCUCACUUCAAACUGACGUCACGGCGACGUAACGUAAAAGUGUGUGUGUGUGUGUGUGUGUGUGUGUGUGUUUGUGUAUGAGAGAGAGAGAGAGAGAGAGAGCUAAAGCUAAAGCUAACUGCAGCGCUGAACCGCGUUUAGACUCCGGGGAACUACAUAGAACUGCAAACCCCAAAAACCACAAACCCCAAAAAACACCAAGACUAAUUUAACAUUAAAGAAAACUAAAUAUUAAAUAACUUUAAUUUAAUGAUACUGAUAUAAUUAAAUCUAUUAUCAUUAUUAUUUAUUAUCAUUUCUAUUAUUAUGAAUGAUUAUUAUUAUAAAUAUAACAUUAUGGUAACAACACUGAGGAUUAACAGAACACACAACUGUCUGAAAAUGACCUGCCAAGUGGAAAGUCUUCCUGCAUUUGAUUAAAGUUAAUUCUGUUUAAGUUCUGAAAAAAGUAAGACUGAUGCAGUGAACUGAGAAUAAACCCACAAAAGAAGAGGAAGAGCAGAGGACUGAGAUCUGAUUUAAUCUCUCUCUCUCUCUCUCUCUCUCUCUCUCUCUCUCUCUCUCUCUCUCUCUCUCCCUCCCUCUCUCUGUCUCUCUCUCUUUCUUGUAGGAAAAAGCUCCAACAUGUCGACCGAUGAGGACGUGGCUCCGGCCGUGAAAAGGAGUCGUGUUUUCUACGGCAGCCUGGAGGAGAAAGAGCGCGAGCGUCUGAACUCAGAAAUGAUGAGCGGAGCAGGAACAGAAAGCGAUGCUGUGAAGGCGGGCAUAGAGGCGGGCAACAUAAACAUCUCCUCAGGUCAGUGUCACACACUUCUAGGGAUGGGUAUCAUUUGAUUUUGAACGAUUCCAAUUCCAAUUUCGAUUCCGAUUCCUAUCGAUUCUCUAUUUCGAUUCUUUUAAAAGGCAGGAUAUCAAAAAAAAAAAAAAAAAAAGCAAAGGUUGGAUGAGGGCACUAACCGGAGCUUUUCUUUUUAGAUGAAAUUUCUGAACUUCUCCAUGAAUUUUUAAAUCAUAUUAACUUUUUAAGAACUUUACUAUGAAUUUCUCACAGUGCUAUUUUCAACCAGUAUAUAAAUAUCAAUUUUUGUUGUCAGGUCGUUUGUCUAUGAAAAAGUACAAGGGCUAACGUUAGUUGGAUAUUUAAGUUUACUCGCCGUACUCAUUACAAUUUGUUUACCGCUUCAAAGUUAGCAGAGGACAGAAGUAAUUUAUUGUUUCACUUAUUUAAUCCUGACUGGUUAGCAGAAGACAGGUGUUGUGCUGUAGAAUGCACCCCUGCCGUAGAAUGCCUCCCCUCCACUCAUUGCAAACAUAUGCUGCGUCCGAAUUGCCAAGUAGUAGUCGAAGUAGUAUGAAGCAUGUCCGAAUUGGCCACCGGAGCGAGUAGCAUGCUACUUCAGAUACUACUUCAGAUACUAGACACGCCCACAUUGUAGGAUGGUCGCGGUGCAUCCUACGGGCAUGCUACUGACCCAAAAUGCACCGCGGACUUCUUCUUCGUCCUCUUAAAUGUUGUAGAAGCGCAUGUGAUGCUAGCGCCAACAGCUGCUGCCUAUUUAGAUGCGUCGCAAACGCCGGCUGGCCACAGCGCACCAUGGCGGAGCAGCAGCAGCAACAGCAGGCAGGACCGCAGCAGUACAGAUGUAAGUUUCAUGUAACUUCGCACACUGUCCUAAAAAAUGUGUGGUUAUAUCUUUUUGUCAUGUCAUGGUGUCAUAUUUGCCCAAGUAAUCAUUUUAUGAGCAAAUAUGUGGCGACAUCAUGGAGGUAAAUCUCACUUAUUCCAUCAUUAAACUGCACAGCUGCAGUAAUCAGGCAGAUCUCAUUGAACAAACGAUCACCAUGUGAGUGAAUGAAGGCUAAAAGUAAUGGAAAAGCUACUUUGUGAAUUUCUAAAGCAGUGCAGGAAUAUAAUACAGCAGCAUCCAUCACUUGCACAAUUACCAUUCAAAAAGUCUAAAACGGGCGCAGUACCUACUCUCUGCCUACGGGGGUCGUCUUUCCCCACCGCUCGUCUAGUGUGUCUGAAUUGGGCCAACGUGUUUAGUAUGUAGGAGUAGGAUCUAGCAGUAGUAUGUAGCAGUAGCAUGCGAGCGGGCAAUUUGGACACAGCAAUGGCCAUUAAGACAGUUUCCCAUGAUGCUCUGCAGGAGAGACUCUGGAUAUAGAGGAGCGUGUCAGUGAGCGACAGCAGGAAGCGCUAGCUGCGUUUGAGCGGCGACGGCGAGCACGGCAGAUCACCGUCUCUACUGAUGAUGCCGAGGUGAAGGCCGGCCUCCGAGCGCUAGGGGAGCCAAUCACACUGUUUGGAGAGGGACCAGCUGACCGCAGAGAGAGGUCGACAACAAACAACGCCAAGUUUUUCAACAACAACAAACAACAACAAACAUUUAAACAACAAAGAUUUAAACAACAAACAUUUAUGUGUGUGUGUGUGUGUGUGAGAGCAGGCUGCGUAGCGUCCUCUCCGUGGUCGGUCCGGACGCUCUGAAGAAGUCAAAGAGAGACGAAGAGAGAGCGAAGAGGACCCAGGACGAGGUCAGAACACACACAGACCCACAAAACACACACACUUGAACACAAACUCUGUCACACACUCUGUCAGUGUGCACAGGGUGUGUAUGGGUGUGUGUUUGUUAAAAUGUUUACAUUCUCAUUAAUAAAAUCUGAUCCUCCUCGCUGAUCAAUCACAGUGCCAGCAAACAUGGUACCAUGAAGGCUCCGCCUCCCUGAAAGAAGCUCGUCUCUGGUUAGCCAGAUACUCUCUACCUCGGUAAGUCAGCAUUGAACCAACCAGUCACAGGCUCUGACAUCACUUCCUGUUUACAGAUAGCGAGUAAACUCCGAUGUUAAAAAUGUCAUUGUAUGUCAACGACCAAUCAGAGAUCAGGCUGGACCUCAGCGCCCAAUCAGGAAUAAGAAACUACCAUUAUUACUAUUAUAAUUUAUUAUUUUUAUAAUAAUAAUAAUUAUUAUUAUUAUCAUGUUUAUUAUUAUUUAUAUAUAUAUAUAUAUAUUUUCCCUUUAUUAUUAUCACUGUUAUUGUUGUUGUUAUUUUUGUGUUAAAACGCUUUGGCAAUAUUGUCGUAACAAUCAUGCCAAUAAAGCUCAUUGAGAGGAUAGAGAAAGAGAGAGAGAGACGAGGGAGAGAGAGAGGGAGAGAGAGAGGGAGAGAGAGAGAGCGAGAGAGAGAGAGAGAGAGCAGCCCUCACUGAAGCCCUCUAACUGACAGACCCAUAUUGAUCGUCAGUCACUGAUUGGACGCUGCAGAAGGUGAUGAAACUUAAAAUUACGUUCAGAGUCCCUGAGAGACGCCAAAACGAGGUGAAGAGUUCGCUGUCAGACACACGACCAUGAGGCCAUCUGCAGGAUGUUCAUGAACAGUUAUUAUUCAUUCAGGAUGAUGAUUGGCUGUGACGAACUGACUAACUCUGUGAUUGGCUGAUCAGGGCCAUGAGGCGUCUGGAUGCUGCAUGCGCUCAGAGAGACAUUUCUGAUGCAACAAAGACGAUCCGACAGCAAGAGCUACACAAGAGUCUGAGAGUGAGAUGGACACACACACUCACACAUGUACACACGCACACACAUAUGUACAGAGUUAACCCUAUAACUCCUGACUAUCAUUACUAGGGUGUUUUUAUUCGUUUCCUUCACCUUCAUCGUCUUUUCUUCUGCUUUAGAAUUUAAAUAACUUCUGCAGUCAGAUUGGAGACGACCGACCCAUCAGCUUCUGCCAUUUCAGCCCUGACUCCAGAAUGUUGGCCACCGCCUCCUGGUAUCAAGCUCCGCCCACAUCUUCAACGUACACACCAAGAGUUAGCACACAGGAAGGAAGCAGAACUAUGAAGAGAGCGAGCAUUGGUCCACAAACUGUGUCUUAAUUCAGGUUCACUGUCGGUGUCGGAUACGUGGUUCUGGUCGGAUGUCGACCUGAUACUGUGUUUUUAUGUUUUUGAUUGUGGCUGCAGAGCGGAUCAGUUUAUCAUGUUUGGUUCGCAGAUUUUAGUGAGUGUAGUGAUCAUGCGCAGACAGUCUUUUGUUUUUGGAUUUCCUUUUACAUUUUUUUACGCACGCUCAGAAUCACGAAUGAAAUGGGAUACCCUUGGUGCCACGUGAUGACAUCAUGCACACUUCCUCACUAUUCAAAGUUAGCAUUAGCAUUAGGAUUAGCAUUAGCGGCUCCAGCCUCAGUGCAUUUAUGUUUUUUGAUUUUUCCUUGAAGCUAUCGCUAACACGCUAACCUCCCCACACAGGAGCGGUUUGUGUAAGCUGUGGUCCGUCCCAGACUGUAACCUGAUCCGAACACUCAGAGGUGGGCAGAGCUUCACAUGAUUAUACUCUUGUUUAGACUCGUAUUAGCUCUGAGCUAACUUCUGAUCAUGUUGUAAACACGUGUCAAUGAACACCACCACUUGUUCUAUCACUGCUAUGUGACUGAGACUCCGCCCCCUCUCUGAAUUCCUGCUCUCUGAUUGGUUUAAGGACACAACACCAACGUGGGCUCAGUGGUUUUCCGUCCACAGGCAGGGGUCAGUCUCGACCAAUCAGAUGUCAGCCUGGCCUCAUGUGCUGCGGACGGAUCAGUGAAGCUGUGGAACCUGGAGAGGUGAGGGGGAGGGGCUUAGGGAUGACACGCCCUGCCCGCCCUUUAUUAGAUAACACUCAUACAAUCAAUCAAUCGAUCAGUUUUUUAUUGAUAAAGCACCAAAUCACCACAGAGAGCAGAUCUGGAUCACACAGAUGUUCCAGACAGACCCUAGAUUGAAGGGAUAUACAUUUCACCGUGAGAGAAGCACAGAAACCUUCAUACCUGUCUGUCUGUCAAUCUGUCUGUCUGUUUGUGUGGUUACCAUAGCGACGAGCCAGUGGCAGACAUUGAGGGCCACAGCGAGCGAGUCUCCCGAGUAUCCUGGCACCCUUCAGGAAGGUUCCUGGGAACCACUUGGUACUAAACAAACAUACAACAACACACACUUCUCUCUCUCUCACACCUGUGUCUCACCUGAUCCUCUCACCUGUCUCGCCUGUCUGUCCUACCUGUCUUUCUCACCUGUGUCUCUCAUCCGUCUGACCUGUCUCUCUCAUCUGUCUUAGCUGUCUCUCUAACCUGUCUCACCUGUCUCUCUCUCUCGCUCACCGGUCUCACCUGUCUCGACUGUCUCUCUCACCUGUCUUAGGUGUCUCGACUGUUUCUCUCACCUGUCUCAACUGUCUCACCUCUCUUCUCACCUGUCUGUCUUACCUGUCUCUCUCAUCUGUCUUACCUGUGUCUCUCACAUGUCUCACCUCUCUCGCCUGUCUCUCUCACCUGUCUCUCUCUCUCUUUCAACUGUUUCAUCUGUCUUUCUCACCUGUCUCUCUCACCUGUCUGUCUCACCUCUCUCUCUCUCACCUGUGUCACUUGUCUUUCUCACCUCUCUCUUUCUCACCUGUGUCACUUGUCUGUCUCACCUGUCUCGUCUGUCUCCCUCACCUGUCUCACCUGCCUCGCCCUCUCUCACACCUGUUUCACCUGUCUCUCUCACCUGUCCCACCUGUCUCGACUGUCUCUCUCAUCUGUCUCACCUUUUUGGCUCACCUCUCUGUCUUACCUGUCUCACGUGUCUCACCUUCUUGCCUGUCUCUCUCAGCUCUCUCACCUGUCCUUCUCACCUGUGUGUCUCACCUGUCUCACCUGUCUUUCUCACUUGUCUCUCUUAUCUGUCUGACCUGUCUCUCUCACUUGUCUAAUGUGUCUCUCUCUCUUGCUCUCACCUGUCUGACCUGUCUGUCUUACCUGUUUCACCUGUCUCUCACCUGUCUCUCUCACCUGUCCCACCUGUCUCGACUGUCUCUCUCAUCUGUCUCACCUUUGUGGCUCACCUCUCUGUCUUACCUGUCUCACGUGUCUCACCUUCUUGCCUGUCUCUCUCAGCUCUCUCACCUGUCCUUUUCACCUGUGUGUCUCACCUGUCUCACCUGUCUUUCUCACUUGUCUCUCUUAUCUGUCUGACCUGUCUCUCUCACUUGUCUAAUGUGUUUCUCUCUCUUGCUUUCACCUGUCUGACCCGUCUGUCUUACCUGUCUCACCUGUCCCGACUGUCUUUCUCACCUGUCUUACCUGUCUCGUUUGUCUCACCCGUCUGUCUCACCUCACUUUCUCACCUGUCUGUUUGACCUGUCCCUUUCAUCUGUCUCACCUGUCUCUCUCACCUGUCUCACCGGUCUAUCUCACCUGUCUCUCUCACUUGUCUUACCUGUCUCGACUGUUUCUCUCACCUGUCUCACCUCUCUUCCUCACCUUUCUCUCUCAUCUGUCUUACCUGUCUCUCCUGUCUCUCUCACCUGUCUCUCUCUCUCUUGCUUACCUGUCUCACCUCUCUCUCACCUUUCUGUCUCACCUCUCUGUCUCACCUGUCUGUCUCACCUCUCAAUCACCUGUCCCACCUGUCUGUCUUACCUGUAUCUCUAACCUGUCUCUUUCUCUCUCUCACCUGUCACACCUGUUUUGUCUGUCUCUCUCACUUGUUUUACCUGUCUUGACUGUUUCUCUCACCUGUCUCAACUGUCUGUCUCACCUCACUUUCUCACUGGUCUUACCUGUCUCUCUCGACUGUAUCACUUGCCUCGCUUUCUCUCUCACCUGUUUAACCUGUCUCAACCGUUUCUCUCACCUGUCUCACCUGACUGGCUCAUGUCUCUGUCUCACCUUUCUCUCUUAUCUGUCUGACCUGUCUCUUUCAUCUGUCUUACCUUUCUUAAGUGUCUCACCCUCUUGCCUGUCUCUCUCACCUCUCUCACCUUCCCUCUCACCUGUCUCUCUUACCUGUCUGACCUGUCUCUCUCAUCUAUCUUACCUGUCUCACGUGUCUCACCUUCUUGCCUGUCUCUCUCACCUCUCUCACCUGCCUCAACUGUCUUUCUCACCUGUCUCUCUCUCUCUCUCACCUGUUUCACCUGUCUCUUUUACCUGUCUCACCUCUCCUGACUGUCUUUCUCACCUGUCUUACCUGUCUCACCUCUCUCUCUUACCUGUCUGUCUCAGCUCUCUCUCUCACCUGUCUGUCUCAUCUCUCUCUCUCACCUGUCUCCCUCUCACCUGUCUCACCCCUCUUUCUCACCUGUCUGUCUUACCUCUCUUUCUCUCUCUCACCUGUCUCUCUCAUCUGUCUGACCUGUCUCUAUCAUCUGUCUGAGCUGUCUCUCUCAACUUUCUGUCUCACCUGUCUGUCUGAUCUCUCUCUAUCACCUGUCUCGCCUGUCUAUCUCACCUGUCUGUCUCACCUCUCUCUCUCUCACCUAUCUUGCCUGUCUGUCUCACUUGUCACUCUCAUCUGUCUGACCUGUCUCUCAACUGUCUGGCUCACCUCUCUCUCUCUCUCUCUCUCACCUGUCUGUCUCCCCUCUCUCUUUCGCACUUGUCUCACCUCUCUCUCUCACCUGUCUCUCUUAUCUGUCUUACCUUUCUGUCUCACCUGUCUUGCUUGUAUCUCUCACCUGUCUAACCUGCCCAGCUCUCUCUCUCACCUGUCUGUCUCACCUAUCUCUCACCAGUCUCACCUGUCUGUCUUACUGUUCUUUCUCACCUGUCUCACUUGUCUCGCCUGUCUCUCUCACCUGUCUCUCUUUCUCUCUCACUUUUCUGUCUCACCUCUCUCUCUCUCUCUCUCACCUGUCUCACUUGACUCGCCUGUCUCUCUCAUCUGUCUUACCUGUCUGUCUCACCUGUCUUGCUUGUAUCUCUCACCUGUCUAACCUGCCCAGCUCUCUCUCUCACCUGUCUGUCUCACCUAUCUCUCACCAGUCUCACCUGUCUGUCUUACUGUUCUUUCUCACCUGUCUCACUUGUCUCGCCUGUCUCUCUCACCUGUCUCUCUUUCUCUCUCACUUUUCUGUCUCACCUCUCUCUCCUUCUCUCUCACCUGUCUCGCCUGUCUCUCUCACCUGUCUCGACUGUCUCUCUCACCUAUCUCGACUGUCUCUCUCACCUGUCUCACCUUUCUGUCCCCCCCUCGUCCCACCUGUCUUUCUCAUCUGUCUGACCUGUCUUUCUGAUCUGUCUUACCUGUCUCAUGUGUCUCACCUUCUUACCUGUCUCUAUCACCUCUCUCACCUGUCUCAACUGUCUUUCUCACCUGUCUCUCUCAUCAGUCUGACCUCUCUCUCACCUGUCUCUCUCUCUUUCACCUGUCCCGACUGUCUUUCUCACCUGUCUGUCUCAACUCUCUCUCUCACCUGUCUGUCUCACCUAUCUCUCACCUGUCUGUCUAACCGUUCUUUCUCACCUGUCUCACUUUCUCUCUCACCUGUCUCACCUCCCUCUCUCACUUUUCUGUCUCACCUCUCUCUCUCUCACCUGUCUCACUUGUCUUGCCUGUCUCUCUCACCUGUCUCAACACUUUCUCUCACCUUUCUGUCUCACCUCUCUCUUUCACCUGUCUCUCACCUGUCUCAACUGUCUUUCUCACACGUCUCUCUCAUCUGUCUGACCUCUCUCUCACCUGUCUCGCCUCUCUCUCUCACCUGUCUGUCUCACCUCUCUCUCACCUCCCUCUCUCACCUGUCUCACCUCUUUCUCACCUGUCUCUCUCAUCUGUCUGACCUGUUUCUCUCACUUGUCUCUCUCUCUCACCUGUCUGUCUCGCCUCUUUCUCUCUCUCACCUGUCUUACCUCUCACCUGUCUCUCUCUCUCUCUCACCUGUUGUAUCUGUGUCUUUUACCUGUCUCACCUCUCUCUCUCACUUGUCUGUCUCACCUCUCUUUCUCUCACCUGUCUGUCUCAUAUCUCUCUCAACUGUCUCACCUGUGUGUCUCUCUCUCUCUGUCACCUGUCUCACCUGUCUCUCUCAUCUGUCUGACCUGUUUCUCCCACCUGUCUUACCUCUCACCUGUUUGUCCCACCUCUCUCUCUCACUUGUCUGUCUCACCUGACUCUCUCAUCUGUCUUUCCUGUCUCUGUCGCCUGUCCUAUGUGUCUCACCUGUCUAGCCUGUCUCUCUCACCUGUCUCACCACGUUCUCUCACCUUUCUGUCUCACCUCCUUCUCUCACCUGUCUGUCUCAUCUCUCUCUUUCACCUGUCUCUCACCUGUCUCAACUGUCUUUCUCACCUUUCUCUCUCACCUUUCUCUCUCUCCCUCUCACCUGUUGUAUCUGUGUCUUUUACCUGUCUCACCCACUCUAUGUCAAGCUGAUUGUAGCUUGGAAGCUGCUCUGAAGGGAGUACAGAAGGGCGUUUUACACUGCGGCUCUGCUCCCUUGUUUCUGUGUGUAAGUGGUAGUGGCUGGGAAGCUGCUCUAAAGGAGGCACAGGGGGGCGUGUAAGACUGCGGCCCUGCUCCCUGAUCUCUGCUUUGAAUUGUCAGUGGUUCGGAUUAAUCGGCCAGAUUUCUGGAUAAACGGGCCGCUCCAUCUCGAGUGGGAUGAAUGCCGUCCCGACUAAUCAGACCAGGCUUGCCCCAAAAUGACUUCCAAUUAUCAAUGAAGCUCACGCCGUUUUGCGGACACCACCUCGACAGCCAGCGGUUGAAUGAUGAGAUACGGCUACACAUCUCAUCAGUUGUCUGGUCGGGCAGGGGACCAGAGAAAACUACGGAGUCCGACAUGGUUUUGGCAUAUUCACACACCGAUUCCACGUUCAAUUUAGUGACUUCCGACUGGCGGCGUCGGGAGUCAUUAACGCCGACAUGUAUUACAAUCUUACGGAAUUUACGUUUAGCCUUUGCCAGCAGUUUUAAACUACCUUCGAUGUCGCCCGCUCUGGCCCCUGGAAAACACUUAACUGUGGCCGCUGACUUCGCUAAUUUCACAUUUCGGACUACAGAGUCUCCAAUCACAAGAGCGUCGGGCUCAGCAGGUGUGUUGCUGAGAGGGGCAAAUUUGUUUGAAAUGUGAAUAUGGUGGUCUACCGUGGGCUUCUUAGGCCUACUGCUAUGCUUCCCUUUAGCAGUGACCCAACCACUACUACAUCCCGGCUGCUCGGGAUUCGCCGGGGGGGAAGCUAAGCUAGGCCGACCCGCACCGGCUACCGUGUCCUGGCUGGCUACCGCUACGCUAGCAUCGGUGCGGAGCCGCUUUUCUAACUCUGUAAUCCUCGCCUCCAGAGCUAAGAAUAAACUACACUUAAAGCAGGUAUCGUUAUCGUCUAAGGAGGACGAGGAGUAACUGAACAUCUGACACACUGAGCAGAAGCGAGCAGGAGAAGCAGGAGACCGGGGGGAAGCCAUCGUUAGCAAGUGUAGCUAAGAGAAGCUAAGCUAGGAGCUAGUAAAGUAAAUGAUCAGAGAGAUCGCCCGGAGUGGAGAUAAAGACGGUGCUUGGUGAAAACUAUCAGAAAUACUUACAGACUUUCUAAACAAACAGAUGUACUGAUAGAUUACAGAGAGAAAGCAAGAGAGCGCUUUCAGGAGGAACAAAACGCUACACACAGUUCAACAGCAAGGAAGGGAAUGAGGCAAUGCGCACGCUCACCAGUCAGGAGGAGGAGUCCAAGCUCGUUCAAGCUUUUUGUGUGUCACCUGUCACCUAUAACCUGUCUGUCUCAUCUCUCUCUCAACUGUCUCACCUGUGUCUCUCUCUGUCGCCUGUCUCACCUGUCUCUCUCAUCUGUCUCACCUCUCUCUCUCACCUGUCUGUCUCAUCUGUCUUUCACCUGUCUCUCACCUGUCUCAACUGUCUUUCUCACCUUUCUCUCUCACCUUUCUCUCUCUCUCUCUCUCUCACCUGUUGUAUCUGUGUCUUUUACCUGUCUCACCCAUCCCGACUGUCUUUCUCACCUGUCUUACCUGUCUCACCUCUCUCUCAACUGUCUGUCUCAUCUCUCUCUCAACUGUCUCACCUGUGUCUCUCUCUCUCCCUGUCACCUGUCUCUCUCUCUCACCUGUCUCUCUCAUCUGUCUGACCUGUUUCUCUCACCUGUCUCGCCUGUCUCUCUCUCUCACCUGUCUGUCUCGCCUCUUUCUCUCUCUCACGUGUCUGACCUCUCUCUCUCACCUGUCUUACCUCUCACCUGUCUCUCUCACCUGUCUCUCUCUCUCUCUCUCACCUGUUGUAUCUGUGUCUUUUACCUGUCUCACCUAUCCUGACUGUCUUUCUCACCUGUCUUAUCUGUCUCACCUCUCUCUCUCACUUGUCUGUCUCACCUCUCUUUCUCUCACCUGUCUGUCUCAUCUCUCUCUCAACUGUCUCACCUGUGUCUCUCUCUGUCACGUGUCUCACCUGUCUCUCUCAUCUGUCUCACCUGACUCUCUCAUCUGUCUGACCUGUCUUUCUCACCUGUCUUACCUGUCUCACCUUCUUGCCUGUCUCUCUCACCUCUCUUACCUGCCUCUCUCACCUCUCUUACCUGCCUCAACUGUCUUUCUCACCAUUUUCUCUCACCUUUAUGUCUGACCUGUCUCUCUUACCUGUCUCACCAUUUUCUCUCACCUUUCUGUCUCACCUCUCGACCUCACCUGUCUGCCUCAUCUCUCCUUCUCACCUGUCUCUCUCUCUUACCUGUCUGUCUCACCUCUCUCUCUCUCUCUCACCUGUUUUACCUGUCUGUCUGACCUCUCUCUUGUCUGUCUUACCUGUCUCUCUCACGUCUCACCUGUCUCUCCUCUCUCUCUCACCUGUCUGUCUCACCUAUCUCUCUCACCUGUCUGACUCACCUAUCGCUCACCAGUCUCACCUGUCUGUCUUACCGUUCUUUCUCACUUGUCUCACUUGUCUCGCCUGUCUCUCUCGCCUGUCUCUCUUUCUCUCUCACCUGUCUCACCUCCCUCUCUCACUUUUCUGUCUCACCUCUCUCUCUCUCCUGUCUCGCCUGUCUCUCUCACCUGUCUCGACUGUUUUUCUCACCUGUCUCUCUCAUCUGUCUCACCUCUCUCUCUCACCUGUCUGUCUCAUCUCUCUCUCUCUCAACUGUCUCACCUCUCUCUGUCUCUCUCUCACCUGUCUCACCUCUUUCUCACCUGUCUCUCUCAUCUGUCUGACCUGACUCUCAUCUGUCUUUCCUGUCUCUCUCGCCUGUCCUAUGUGUCUCACCUGUCUCGCCUGUCUCUUUCACCUGUCUCACCACUUUCUCUCACCUUUCUGUCUCACCACUUUCUCUCACCUUUCUGUCUCACCUCUCUCUCUCACCUGUCCGUCUCAUCUCUCUCUUUCAACUGUCUUUCUCACCUGUCUCUCUCACCUGUUGUAUCUGUGUCUUUUACCUGUCUUACCUGUCUCACCUCUCUCUAUCACUUGUCUGUCUCACCUCUCUCUCUCACCUGUCUGUCUCAUCUCUAUCCCAACUGUCUCACCUGUGUCUCUCUCUCACUCUGUCACCUGUCUCACCUCUGUCUCACCUGUCUCUCUCAUCUGUCUGACCUGUUUCUCUCACCUGUCUCUCUCACUUGUCUCACUCUCUCACCUGUCUGUCUCGCCUCUCUCUCUCUCACCUGUCUUACCUCUCACCUGUCUCUCUCAUCUGUCUCACCUGACUCUCUCAUCUGUCUUUCCUGUCUCUCUUGCCUGUCCUAUGUGUCUCACCUGUCUCGCCUGUCUCUCUCACCUGUCUCACCACUUUCUCUCACCUUUCUGUCUCACCUCUCAGUCUCAUCUCUCUCUUUCACCUGUCUCUCUCUCUCUCACCUGUCUGUCUCACGUCUCUCUCUCACCUGUCUCAACUUUGUCUGUUUGACCUGUCUCUCUCAUCUGUCUGACCUCUCUCUUACUUGUCUUACCUGUCUCUCUCUCAUGUGUUUCACCUGUCUUGCCUGUCUCUCUUACCUGUCUCUUUCUCUCUCACCUGUCACACCUCUCUCUUACCUUUCUGUCUCUCCUCUCUCUCCCCUGUCUCUUACUUCUCUCUCUUACCUUUCUGUCUCACCUCUCUCUCACCUGUCGGUCUCACCUCUCUCUCUCUCUCUCACUUGUCUCACCUCUCUCUCACCUGUCUGUCUCACCUGUCUCUCUCAUUUGUCUGACCUGUCUCUCUCAUCUGCCUGACCUGUCUUUCUCGUCUGUCCUGUGUCUCACCACUUUCUCUCACCUUUCUGUCUCACCUCUCAGUCUCAUCUCUCUCUUUCACCAGUCUCUCUCUCACCUGUCUGUCUCACCUCUCUCUCUCACCUGUCUCAACUUUCUCUCGCAUCUGUCUUACCUGUCUGUUUGACCUGUCUCUCUCAUCUGUCUGACCUCUCUCUUGCUUGUCUUACCUGUCUCUCUCUCAUGUCUUUCACCUGUCUUGCCUGUCUCUCUUACCUGUCUCUUUCUCUCUCACCUGUCUCACCUCUCUUUUACCUUUCUGUCUCUCCUCUCUCUCCCCUGUCUAUCUUACUUCUCUCUCUUACCUUCUGUCUCACCUCUCUCUCACCUGUCGGUCUCACCUCUCUCUCUCUCUCUCUCUCUCACCUGUCUCACCUCUCUCUCACCUGUCUGUCUCACCUGUCUCUCUCAUUUGUCUGACCUGUCUCUCUCAUCUGUCUUUCCUGUCUCUCUCGUCUGUCCUGUGUCUCACCACUUUCUCUCACCUUUCUGUCUCACCUCUCAGUCUCAUCUCUCUCUUUCACCAGUCUCUCUCUCUCUCUCACCUGUCUGUCUCACCUCUCUCUCUCACCUGUCUCAACUUUCUCUCUCAUCUGUUUUACCUGUCUGUUUGACCUGUCUCUCUCAUCUGUCUGACCUCUCUCUUGCUUGUCUUACCUGCCUCUCUCUCAUGUGUUUCACCUGUCUUGCCUGUCUCUCUUACCUGUCUCUUUCUCUCUCACCUGUCUCACCUCUCUCUUACCUUUCUGUCUCUCCUCUCUCUCCCCUGUCUGUCUCACUUCUCUCUCUUACCUUUCUGUCUCACCUCUCUCUCACCUGUCGGUCUCACCUCUCUCUCUCUCUCUCUCUCUCUCACCUGUCUCACCACUGUCUCACCUGUCUCUCUCAUUUGUCUGACCUGUCUCUCUCAUGUGUCUUUCCUGUCUCUCUCGCCUGUCCUGUGUUUCACCUGUCUCUCUCAUCUGUCUCACCACUUUCUCUCACCUUUCUGUCUAACCUCUCUCUCUCCCCUGUCUGUCUCACUUCUCUCUCUUACCUCUCUGUCUCACCUCUCUCUCACCUGUCGGUCUCACCUCUCUCUCUCUCUCUCACCUGUCUCACCUGUCUCUCUCAUUUGUCUGACCUGUCUCUCUCAUGUGUCUUUCCUGUCUCUCUCGCCUGUCCUGUGUUUAACCUGUCUCUCUCAUCUGUCUCACCACUUUCUCUCACCUUUCUGUCUAACCUCUUUCUCUCACCUGUUUGUCUCAUCUCUUUUUCUCAUCUGUCUCUCUCUCACCUUUCUCACCUUUCUCUCUCACCUAUUUUACCUGUCUCUCUGACCUGUGUCUCUCUCAUCUGUCUGACCUCUCUCUUGUCUGUCUUACCUGUCUCACGUGUCUCACCUGUCUUGCCUGUCUCUCUUACCUGUCUCUUUCUCUCUCACCUGUCUCACCUCUCUUUUACCUUUCUGUCUCUCCUCUCUCUCUCACCUGUCUGUCUCACCUCUCUCUCUUACCUUUCUGUCUCACCUCUCUCUUACCUGUCGGUCUUACCUCCUUCUCUCUCUCCCACCUGUCUCACCUCUCUUUCUCACCUGCUUCACCUCUCUCUCCCAUCUGUCUUUCUCACCUGUCUCUCACACCUGUCUCACCUGUCUGUCUCACCUGCCCUACCUUUCUGUCUCACCUGUCUCUCUGACCUGUCUCACUUGUCUCGCCUGACUCUCUCAUCUGUCUCUCUUUCCCUCUCACCUGUCUCACCUCUCUCUCACCUGUCUGUCUUACCCGUCUCUCUCACCUGUCUCACUUGUCUGUCUCACCUGUCUUGCUUGUCUCUCUCACCUGUCUGACCUGCCCAGCUCUCUCCCUCACCUGUUUCACCGGUCUCAUCUGUCUCUCACCUGUCUCUCUUAUCUGUCUCGACUGAUUCUCUCACCUGUCUCACCUGUUUGGCUCACCUUCUGACCGGUCUCUCUCAUCUGUCUGACCUUUCCUUCCCAACCGUCUUACAUUUCAGGUCUAUCACUUGUCUCAUCUUCUUGCCUGUCUCUCUCACCUGCCCCAUCUGUCUGUCUUACCUGUCCCUCUCACCUGUCUCACUUGUCUGUCUCGCCUGUCUCUCUCACCUGGCUGUCUAACCUGUCUCGCCUGUCUCUCUCACCUGUCUGUCUCACCUGUAUCGCCUGUCUAACUCUCUCUCUCACCUGUUUUUUAACCUGUCCCACCUGUCUCGACUGUCUUUCUCACCUGUUUAACCUGUCUCUCACCUCUCUGUCUCACCUCCCUGUCUCAUCUGUCUGACCUGUCUCUUUCAACUGUCUUACCUGUCUCUCCUACCUGUCUCACCUGUCUAUCUCUCUGUCUCACCUCUCUCUCUCACCUUUCUGUCUCACAUCUCUUUCUUACCUUUCUGUCUCACCUCUCUCUCUCACCUUUCUGUCUCACCUGUCUCUCUCAGCUGUCUGUCUUACCUGUCUCACCUGUCUCUCUCUCUCUCUCUCUCUCUCUCUCUCUUUCUAACCAGUCUCACCUCUGUCUCACCGGUCUCACCUCUCUCUCUCUCACCUAUCUCUCAUCUGUCUCACCUCUCUCUCACCUGUCUCACCUUUUCACCCCUCUCUUACAUGCUUCUGUGUGCAGUUACGAUCACUCGUGGCGUCUCUGGGAUCUGGAGGUUCAGGAGGAGAUUCUCCAUCAGGAGGGUCACAGCAAAGGAGUUCACGACCUCAGCUUCCAUCCUGACGGCUCAUUGGCUGCUACGGGGUAAACAAACCUGAACACACACCUGACACACAUCGACACACACCUGAACACAAAUCUGUUACAUGACUUCUAAUUCACCCUUAUUUCAUGGUACCUGACAGAGACAGGUGUGAACAGAGCCUCAAGGUCAGGUGUUCAGUGAAAUAAAUAACCACUGUGUGUAAAACAACACAGCUUUAUGAAGUACAUGCAGUACUACACAAAGUACUAAUACUACAGUUCUGUUUGAGUGUUACUCUCUUCUCUGUGGCUCCACCCCUCUCUGCUCUGGUCCAAUCAGAGGGCUGGAUGCUUUCGGCAGAGUGUGGGACCUUCGAACAGGACGCUGCGUUGUUUUCCUGGAGGGACACCUGAAGGAGAUCUACAGUCUGCACUUCUCUCCUAACGGGUCAGCCAAUCACAGCCAAUCACAGAGCAGCACACUGUAGACACAGCCAAUCAGAGACCUCCGACAUUGAUAGAACAUCAAAUAAUUUGCUCCUUGAAUUUUUAAGGCUGUUUGGACGUGUGUUUGUGUGUGUGUGUGUCUUAUUCAUUGGCUUCUAACCCUGCAUGAGACUCUGCUCCUGUUUUAGUGUUUUAUGGGUUGUUUUUAGUUAUAUGUUUUAAAUACUUUUUAAAAACAUUGAAACUAUAUUUUACUUUUAAAUUCUGCUUUAUUUUAUCCAUUGUUUUAAUUGCUUUUUGAUUGUUUUCUAUGUCUGCGUGGUUUUGUCUAUCCAUGUACAGUACUUUGUUCAGCUGUGGUUGUUUUAAAGUACCUUACAAAUAAAGUUGAGUUGAGUUGAGUUGUGUGUGUGUGUGUGUGUGUGUGUGUGUGUGUGUGUCCUCAGGUAUCACCUGGCCACAGGAAGUGGAGAUAACACCUGUAAGGUUUGGGAGCUGAGAAACAGGAAGUGUUUGUACACAGUCCCUGCCCACCAAAAUCUGCUGUCAGCUGUUCGCUUCCAACGUAAACGCCACGACCUCGCUCUGAUCUUAUUGUUAUGAAAAUACGAUACGACUGUGACCUCACUUCCUGUUUUGUGUACAGCCACUGAUGGUCACUUCCUGUUGACGGGGGCCUAUGACAACACGGCAAAGGUUUGGAGUCACCCGGGCUGGAUGCCGCUGAAGACGCUCGCUGGACAUGAAGGAAAAGUACAGAUGCUUUGUUCUGAUUGGUCUGUUCAGACCCUGUGUUCUGAUUGGUCUGCUCAGAUACUGUGUUCUGAUUGGUCUGUUCAGGCGCUGUGUUCUGAUUGGUAUGUUCAGAUGCUGUGUUCUGAUUGGUGGAAUGUUCUCAGGUUACGAUCAUGUUUUGUUUCCAGGUAAUGGGCGUGGACGUCUCACCUGAUGGAAAACUAAUCGCCACCUGCUCCUAUGACCGAACCUUCAAACUCUGGCUGUCUGAUUGAGGUCAUCAUGAGGUCGUCGUGAGGCAUAAUAUGUUGGGCUCCAUUUUUUUUCUUACCAUUUUUCGAUGUUUUGUUCAUUUUUUAAAUAAAGUUAAAGAAAAUUGAA